AUGGUGGUAUUUGAGAAGACUGAUCCCUGUCACAAGGGCAGCGUGCCAGAAGCCCGUCUGUACGACAUCCUGCGGGAGUGUGGCAUGAACGUGGAACCUAAGGAGGUAACCCGAUUUGCCAAGAUGUUGGCACGUGCAGUUGACGACUGCGAUGGUGUCACUGAACCGCCCAAGGGUAAGGAGGAGCAGGUACGGCCGGGACUCAUAAAUUAUCACAAACUCCUGCGACGCUAUCAGCGACUCACCCCGGGUUCUGCGGCACUCAGCAUAAUCAAAACUAUCCGUGAAAAGUAA